AUGGCUUCCUCUGUGUUUUUCAAGUUCAAGUCCCAAAAGGAACCAUCGCGUGUCGAUUUUGACGGCACUGGUAUCUCAGUCUUCGAACUCAAACGUGACAUAAUCGUAAAGAGUGGUUUAGGUGAUGGAACAGACUUCGAUCUAGCUAUCUAUUCAGAAGACGGGAGUGAAGAAUAUGACGAUGACACAACUAUCAUACCUCGAUCUACUACAGUUAUCGCUCGCCGACUUCCACCCCAGAAGCCGGGUGCCGGCCGAGCAGCCCGUUACGUCUCCGGAAAAAUGCCAGCAAGCGCAAAGAAUUCGUCACGACGCGAGAACGCCACCAAGGCCACCAAACCUGCCUCCACCGGACUUACUCAAAUGAACGCGGCUAUGACCGAAGAAGAGAAGAUGAUGGCAAUGUUUCAGGCACAAUCAGACCAAUGGAACGUCCAGCAGGAAGAGAUGUCUCACCAAACUGCGGUGUAUAAGCCAGGUUCAAAGAAACCUGCCAAUGUCCCCGAUCACGAACCCCCGAAUGGCUACAUCUGCUAUCGAUGUGGACAGAAGGGGCACUGGAUUCAAGUCUGUCCUACUAACGAUAACCCCGAAUUCGACAACCGUCCUCGAGUUAAGCGAACAACAGGAAUCCCUCGUUCGUUCCUCAAAACUGUAGACAAGUCAACACUGCAACAAACUGGUACGGACGGCGAGGAAGUUAAGCCACCGGCUGGUGUUAUGGUCAAUGCAGAUGGUGAAUUCGUAAUCGCAGAGCCUGACAAGGCAUCAUGGGAACAGUACCAGGCAAAGACGAAGUCAUCGGCAGCUGCUCAGAAGGCAGCAUCUGCUGAGGAUAAGGAUCUUGAAGAGAAGGGCCUGUUGUGCACCAUCGACAAAAGGAUGUUCAUAGACCCAAUGAAGACACCAUGUUGUGAGAAGACGUAUUGCAAUGACUGCAUUACCAAUGCCCUCAUUGAGAGCGACUUCGUUUGUCCAGGUUGCCAGACGGAAGGGGUAUUAAUUGAUGACCUCAAACAAGAUGAUGAGACGUCUGAUAAGAUUCAAGCCUAUCUUAAAGAAAAGGAAUCUUCUAGAACUAAAGAGCGAUCGAACAGCCCAGCUGCGGUAAAUUCUCCAUCUCAAACAUCGGAGAAAAAGGAGACAGCUCAGCUAGACUCGCCAAAGAGCCAACCAUCAGUUACAGAGAAAGCUACUUCGGAGAAGACUAAGUCACCCACACCCUCGGCCACGGCUUCUAAGUCUCCCUCCGCCGAGAUACAAAAGAAAUCGAAGUCACCUACCCCUAUUCAGUCACCUGGUUCUAGUGAUCUCUCCAAACCUCAGGAGGCAGCCUCUAAAAAACGACCAGCAGAGGAUAUACUAGAGAAUCCCAAGAUCCCCAAAGCACCAAAGGCUAUGCAACAGGCUCAAGCAGCCAAGGAUGUGCAGAACGUGAUGCCACAGGGCAUGAACAACAUGGCAGGCAUGAUGCCCAACAUGAUGCAAUUCCCGAUGAACCCUAUGAGUGGCUUUGGUCAGCCCAACAUGAACAACAUGAACAUGGCCAUGAUGAUGGGAAUCAAUCCCAUGAUGAACCCAAUGAUGGGUAUGAACGGAAUGAUGAACCCGGCGGCUUUCCAAGGCAUGAGCGGCAACGGCAUGUUCGGAGGAAACUUCAGAGGAAUGAAUGGUGGUAUGGGUAAUAUGAAUGGAAUGGGAAUGAAUGGUGGCUACAACAGUCAGAACCAGCAACCCUACAGACCCAACUUCACGACGCCAAAUAACGACAACGACGCAUAUUUCCGCAAACCUGUCAAUCCGGGACGGCACCAGAACAAGCAACGCAGAGUUCGUCCUAGUGACUAUAGGGAACUUUGA